CCAUGAAUGAGCUCUUGAUAUUGCCAUCUGACAAAAAGUUUGUUCUGGAAUACAGAUCCUAGAAGGAAUCUUGGAUUCUUUUAUUUGUAUCAAUCCCUUCCCAUCAUGUCUCAUAAUCACAACCCAAGAGCCAACAAUCGCAGAGGAUCAAUCCGCGAGAAGCUCAAGAUGGGUACCGCAAAGAACCCGCCGAAAGCCGUCCCCGAACAAGACGACGAUGAAGACGUCAAGCUCGUACCUAUACCACAGCCAUCCAGGGCCCCAUUCGUGGGCAACCUGCCCGACCUCGAUGUCAAGUUUCCGCUCGACUCGAUGGUCAACUUGGCCAACAAAUAUGGGUCCAUCUUCAAGCUUGACCUGCCUGGCCUGGAAUUUGUCACCGUGUCUGACUGGGAUCUUGUCCAUGAAGUCUGCGAUGAUUCUCGAUUUAAAAAGUCCAUCAAGGGAGAUUUGGAGGAACUAAGGAAUGCAGUUCACGAUGGAUUAUUCACAUCCUCUGGAGAAGACGAAGAGAACUGGGGUAUCGCACACCGGGUCCUCAUGACAGCAUUCGGACCCCUGUCAAUCAGGAACAUGUUUGACGAGAUGCACGAGGUUGCCAGCCAACUAGCACUGAAAUGGGCGCGGCAGGGACCCCACGAGCCGCUGGACGUGAGCGGCGACACGACGCGCCUCGCCCUCGACACGGUGGCCCUCUGCUCCAUGGGCUUCCGCUUCAAUUCCUACUACCGCCAGGACCUGCACCCGUUCAUCAAGGCCAUGAACGAAGUCCUGGACGAGGCCGGCCGGCGGGCGAAUCGCUUCAUGCCGUCUGUGUUUUACCACUCGCACAAUAAGAAAUUCAGGGAGAACAUCAAGCUGCUGCGCACCACGGCCCGCGAGGUGCUCGAUGCGAGAAAGACGCAAAAAGGCCCGGAGAAGAGGAGGGACUUGCUUACUGCCAUGCUGGAUGGCGUUGAUCCAAAAACGGGCAAGAAGAUGACCGACGAGAGCAUUAUCGACAACCUCAUCACGUUUCUGGUGGCGGGCCACGAAACCACGGCCGCAACCCUGUCUUUUGCGUUGUACAACUUGGCCAAAUUCCCCGAAGUGUCACGAAAGGCCCAAAAGGAGGUCGACGAUGUUGUCGGCAAAGGUGCGGUCAAACUGGAACACGUGCCAAAGCUCAAAUACAUAUCUGCACUCAUCCGGGAAACCCUCCGACUCAACGCGCCCAUCACAGCCUUUGGGAGGGAGGCGAUCGGCGACCAGGUGUUAGGGGGCAAGUACCUGCUCAAGGACAAGACGCAGAUCGUCUGCUUCCUGACCAAAUCCCAAAGCGACCCCGUGAUAUGGGGCCCGGACGCGGACGAGUUCAAGCCGGAGCGCAUGCUGGACGACAGCUUUGACCGCAUGCAAAAGAAGCACCCGCACUGCUGGGCGCCGUUCGGGACGGGGGUGCGCGGGUGCAUCGGGCGGCCGUUUGCGUGGCAGGAGAUGGUGCUGUGCCUGGCCGUGCUGCUGCAAAACUACAACUUUGUCAUGUACAACCCGGCCUACGCCCUGCGCCUCGCCCAGUCCCUCACCAUCCGCCCCAAGGACCUGUACCUCCGCGCCAUCUCCCGCGAGGGGCUCACCCCCGCCCAGCUCGAGGCCCGGCUGGCCGGUGGCUAUACGAAUGGCGUGCACGCCGAGGCGCCCGCGGAGGCGGCGGCACCGGGGGGUCCUGUGGACGGCUCCAAGGGCGCCGGCAGGAUGGCAAUCUACUACGGUUCCAACUCGGGGACGUGCGAGUUCAUGGCGCAGCGGCUGGCGGCGGAUGCGGGCUCGCAUGGCUAUACGGCGUCGGUGGACACGCUGGAUGCUGCAAAGGAGGCGAUGCCGACGGGGAUCCCGGUCGUCAUCAUAACGGCGUCGUAUGAGGGCCAGCCCACGCAGAAUGCUUGCCAUUUUGUCAAUUGGAUCCAGAAUCUGGAGGAGGGGAAGCUGAAGGGUGUCAAGUAUGCCGUCUGGGGUUGUGGCCACAGCGACUGGGCCGACACCUACCAAAAAGUCCCAGGGCAGAUCGACACAACCCUCCACAAGCUGGGCGCGACCCGCAUCCUCCCCAUCGGCACCACAAACGCCAAGGACCGCGACAUGUUCUCCGACUUUGAGACGUGGGAGGACCAGACGCUGUGGCCGGCCAUGCGGGACCAGUUCGGCGGAUCCGAGGCGGCGGAGGCCGCGCCCAGCGUAGAGGUGACCUUUUCGACGCCCCGGGCCUCGGACCUGCGGCAGGACGUGCGCGAGUCGCUCGUCGUCGACGCCCGCAGCCUGUCCAAGCCCGGGGGCGAAGCCGGCGCCAGGGAAAAGCGCCACCUCGAGAUCCGGCUCCCCACGGGCUGCUCGUACGCCGCCGGCGACUACCUGGCCGUCCUGCCGCACAAUCCCCGCGAGAGCGUGGCGCGCAUCAUGCGCCGCUUCAACCUGGCCUGGGACACGUACAUGACCGUCGGGGCGGCGCGGGCCACGACGCUGCCGACCGGGGUCAGUUUGCCGGUUUCCGAGGUGCUGAGCUCGUAUGUCGAGAUUGGACAGACGGCUACGAGGAGGAAUAUUACCGACCUCGGCCAGUUUGCCAACGACGACGACACAAAGUAUGAGAUACUGAAACUGAGCAAGGACAGUUUUGAUGACGAGGUCCGGGCAAAGUCCCUUUCUGUGAUUGGGAUUCUAGAAAGGUUCCCAAGUCUGCUGGUCCCAUUUGAGACCUUUCUAUUUAUGCUUCCGCCUAUGCGCGUGCGUCAAUACUCAAUAUCCUCCUCCCCGCUGGUCGACAAGGGCAAGCUCACGCUGACCUACUCGGUCCUCAACGCGCCCGCCCACUCAGGCAUGGGGCGCCACGUCGGCGUCGCCUCGUCGUACCUCUCCUCCCUGAUGCCCGGCGACAAGCUGCAGGCGUCGGUGCGGCCCGCCGCCGGCGGCUUCCGCCUCCCGCCCGACCCGAUCCGCACGCCCAUGAUCUGCAUCGCCGCGGGCACGGGCCUGGCGCCCUUCCGCGCCUUCAUCCAAGAGCGCGCCGCCCUGCUGCGCACCAGCGCACAGACACCCCCCGCAGCACCGGCCCUGCUCUUCUACGGCUGCCGCGACCCGGACCAGGACGACCUGUACCGCGACGAGCUGGACGCCUGGGAGGCCGCCGGCGCCGUGGUCGUCUACCGCGCCUUUAGCCGGCGGGCCGACGCGUCGGGCGGCUGCAGGUAUGUCCAGGACAGGCUGUGGCGGGAGAGGGAGGCGGUCGGGGAGCUGUGGCGCCGCGAUGCGAGGGUGUAUAUUUGUGGCGCUGGGAGGAUGGCCGGCGGUGUCAAGGAGGUGCUGGUGAGGAUCAUGCAGAGCGAGGGGGAGAGGAUGGGAACUCCCAUUUCGGUGGAGGAGGGCAUGGCGUGGUUCGACAAGCAUCGGAAUGAGCGAUUCGCUACGGAUGUGUUUGAUUAGACUUUUUGUUUUCAGUGAUGGUUUUAGGAGCAUUGUUCGAGCAAGCGAUGGAGGGGCUAUUUUUUGCUGUUAUUUUAUUGGUCUAGUAAUGGAGGCUUGGAUCGUCGCUUUUUCAGUUGGUCUAUUGAUAUAGUGCCAACCGUGUUCUUUAUUCUCGGAUGUAUGGUUUCACAUCCAACAUGAACCUAUGGAAGCUACAUAGACGAGCCCGUAUGCCAGAUGGCAAAAGUGCAAAUCAAUCAUUACAGAAAUCCUC